GCUUUUUUAUAAUCCCAAAUUUUACAUAUAUACUCUGUUUCCCACACAAUUCCAUGAUCCACGAUUCUCGCCAGCGAAGAUACCACAUGCACGCGGUACGAAAAUCGAUACAGUGAGGAAUCCAUUAACAGAAGAAAAUUCGUUAAAUUCUCCGUACAAUUAUCACACGUGGCAAAAGCACCACAAGACAAGAGGGUCCCAAAUUUCAGUUUUGUCACCGUCCCUAAAACUACGCAACGUCGGCCAGUAGAUUCAUCAGCCGUUUCAUGGUUUCACAAUUCCGCCUGUUUUACCAACUGAAUCCCAAAAGGUUACUCCUAGAAGCAAUUCUUUAUUCCUGGGGGCUACCUAUAAAUUCACUCCGAUCCAGCACCAUACAUCAUCGAUUCAAAAAUCUCUAAAUUUGGCAGAAAAUUUGUUUGUGACAGGCGAAAAAGUUGAGGAAUUUUUUUAGAGAAAGAGGGGGAAAUGGAAUCGAGUGUAGAUUUAAACUCACAGUGGCCUGAGAGCAACGAUUUGGGAUGUCCACCCUGCAACAAGACUGUAAACUGCGCGUUGCAGGGGUCUGGCAAUGCGGUGGGGUCUGCCACGCUGGGACGCCACCUGGCUCGAAGGCUUGUCCAGGUGGGCGUGCGUGACGUUUUCUCAGUGCCAGGGGACUUCAAUCUGACAUUGCUGGAUCAUCUGAUUGCAGAGCCUGAGCUCAAUUUGGUGGGGUGCUGUAACGAGCUCAAUGCCGGCUACGCUGCAGAUGGCUAUGCUCGCUCCAGAGGCGUGGGAGCCUGUGUUGUCACCUUCACUGUUGGUGGCCUCUCUGUGAUCAACGCCAUUGCAGGGGCUUACAGUGAGAAUCUGCCGAUCAUAUGCAUAGUCGGGGGACCCAACUCCAAUGACUAUGGCACCAACCGUAUUCUUCAUCAUACCACUGGCCUUUCUGACUUUAGCCAGGAGUAUCGAUGCUUUCAGACUGUAACAUGCGCUCAGGUGAUUGUGAACAAUUUGGAUGAUGCCAACGAGCUCAUUGACCAUGCGAUUUCUACAGCGCUUAUAGAGAGCAAGCCAGUGUAUAUCAGCAUCAGCUGUAAUCUCUCUGCAAUUCCCUACCACACGUUCAGUCAUGAGCCUGUUCCAUUCUGUCUCACCUCCAGGCUAAGCAAUCCAAGAAGUCUGGAAGCAGCUGUGGACACUGCUGCAGAGUUUCUAAAUGCAGCAGUUAAGCCUGUGUUGGUUGGGGGUCCAAAGCUCAGGGCUGCUAAGGCAAAAGAUGCAUUUGGGGAAUUAGCAAAUGCUUCAGGUUAUGCUGUGGCUGCAAUGCCAUCUGCUAAAGGGCAGGUUUUAGAGACUCUUCCACACUACAUAGGAACUUACUGGGGUGCAGUCAGCACUGCAUUCUGUGCUGAAAUAGUUGAGUCUGCAGAUGCAUAUAUAUUUGCAGGGCCCAUUUUCAAUGAUUAUAGUUCAGUGGGAUAUUCGUUGCUCUUGAAGAAGGAAAAAGCUAUAAUUGUGCAGCCUAACAGGGUAACUGUCACAAAUGGACCCACUUUUGGCUGUGUACUAAUGAAAGAUUUCUUAGAAGCCCUCGCAAAGAAGUUGAAGCGCAAUGCAACAGCCUUUGAGAAUUAUCAGCGUAUCUUUGUACCUCACGGUGUUCCCUUGAAAGGUGCUCCAAACGAGGCUCUUAGAGUCAAUGUGUUAUUCAAACACAUUCAGGCCAUGCUAUCAAACGAUACAGCUGUCAUUGCUGAAACUGGCGAUUCUUGGUUCAAUUGCCAGAAGCUUAAACUCCCAGAGAAAUGCGGGUAUGAGUUUCAGAUGCAGUAUGGGUCAAUUGGUUGGUCUGUCGGAGCUACACUGGGAUAUGCUCAAGCCACUCCAGAUAAGCGGGUCAUUGCCUGUAUAGGUGAUGGAAGCUUUCAGGUAACAGCCCAGGAUGUUUCCACCAUGAUUCGAUACGGCCAGAAAAGUAUCGUAUUUUUGAUCAAUAAUGGAGGUUACACAAUCGAGGUUGAAAUUCAUGAUGGACCAUACAAUGUCAUAAAGAAUUGGAACUACACUGGUCUAGUAGAUGCCAUUCAUAAUGGUCAAGGGAAAUGCUGGACUGCCAAGGUCAAAACAGAAGAAGAGGUUAUUGAGGCUAUUCAAACUGCCCAGGGACCUAAAAAGGACUGCUUAUGCUUUAUUGAAGUAAUAGUACACAAGGAUGACACAAGCAAAGAGUUGCUUGAAUGGGGUUCUAGGGUAGCAGCAGCAAACGGCAGGCCACCAAAUCCUCAGUAGAGAUGCUUUGAGUUUGGAGAGAUGAGCAGUUAAAGAAGCAUUUUCAAAGUAGUUCACAUAAUAAUUUUCAUACAUGGUGUUUAAGUCUUCUUAUUUUUAAUUAAAAUUCAAUAAUAACGCUAUACUUGAUAAUUGGGUGAGGUGGGUGAUUCAGUCCUCUGACAAAGGCAUGAAGGUCUUUCAACGCACAACUAUUUUAUGGCAUCUCUAAGUGAAAGACUACAGUUUUGCAGUGUAGAGUAAAUUUUGUGCACAGGAUUUGUGGAGACAUUUCUGAUCUCCAAAAUGAAUUUCUUCUAGUGCAUAUUUAUUUAUUGCCAAGAAAGUUUUUGCGUUAUCA